CUCGAAUUCCAGAAAUAUUGAAAUAAAUCGAUUUUUAGAUUGCAAAAAUCUGGUAUCAUUACAGAGGAAAAUCUUCUUACAGCUUGUAAACUACGAGGCCGUUUGAGAUCCUCUCGUUUCCUAGUUAUUUAACGCCCGAAGUCGAGACAUUCAUCUCUCCUCCUCAUCUGUUAUCGAUCUGUAGCUGAAAUUUUUUACCUUCUACAAUGAAUGGAUUUCAGAAUCAGAAGCCCCAUCUUGUGGCACUGCCAUUUCCAUCUCUGGGCCACUCAAUCCCUUUUCUGGACAUGGCAAGGCUGCUUGCCUCACACGGUCUCACCGUUAGUUAUGUCACAACAGCUGCUAAUGCUCCCCGCCUGCAACACCAUGUUAUGGAAGCUGCAACGAAUGGCCUCGAUAUUCGACUGGCAGUUAUUCCGACGCCCGCUGUAGAAGGCCUAGACGGACGUGAAAGUGCCGAGCUUCUUCCAAGGUCGGACCACGGCCUUAUUUUUCAGUUAGCAGAGAAGCUUCAGGAGCCUUUCGAUCUCUGGAUCGAGCAGCAGUUUCAGGGAGAAACAGAAACAGAAGCUCCCGUCUGUAUAGUCCAUGACGUUUUCAUGGGAUGGGCUCGAGAAAGUGCAGAGAAGUACAAGAUUUCUUGUAUUGAGUUCAACGCCUCAGGGGCUUUUGCAGUAAGUCUGUUGUACUCUGUCUCGCGCACUUUGCUGCAAAAGGAGGCGCGGAAACAAGACGAGGACAGCGUUGUGUUCGGUCUGGAUCUGCCGCAUUCUCAUAAAUUUCGUCAACAUGAGAUAGCCGACGAUUUUUUUGAUGGGGGUCCUUUGAAUUCCAGGAUCGAGUUUAUUUUGCGGAGGUUACUGUCGAUCGGGAAAAGCUCGGGUAUGUUGAUUAAUACAUUCAAGGAGCUUGAGCCGACGUAUGUUGAGCACCUGAGGAAUUUGACGGGCAAACCAGUUUGGGCCAUAGGACCAUUGCUUCCUCCAGGCUAUUUCAGCGGAGCUACUAAGGGUAGCUCGAGGGGGAAAAUGGCGGACGUGGGCGAAGAUGAGCUUGUUCAAUGGCUGGAUUCCCAAAGUCCCCGAUCGACUGUGUAUGUUUCGUUUGGGAGCGAGACAUUUUUGUCUGAGCAACAAACAAAUGCCUUGGCGAGAGGAUUGGAAGCCAGUGGGCAGCCAUUCAUUUGGGCUAUCAAGCUUUCUCCGACCACUGAAUCAGAAUUUUCAGAUCGCGCUACCAAGUAUCUUCCCAGGGAAUUCCUAGAGCGUACAAAGGGAAGAGGGUUGAUCAUAUGGGGUUGGGCGCCUCAGCUUCUGAUUCUUUCGCAUUCCUCCGUGGCUGCUUUCAUGAGCCACUGUGGAUGGAAUUCUACGCUCGAAAGCAUUACUCUUGGAGUUCCCAUUAUAGCUUGGCCCAUGUAUGGAGACCAGUUUUUUAAUGUGAGACUGUUGGCUGAGCUUGGGCUCGGGAUUCAGUUCUGCGAACAUAGACCUGGGCUUCCAAAUGAAGAAAAAGUUGGGGCGGCUGUAAUACAGGUGAUUUGUGGGGAGGAAGGGAGGGAGAUGAGGACAUGCGCAGAGAAGCUUCGGGAGAUGGCCAGAAAAGCUGUUGAAGAUGGAGGAUCUUCCAAAGCUAAUGUGCAAGCGUUUGCAAGUCAUAUGCAGAGUCUGCGGCGCGUGACAUGAAAAGAGGGCUAGUGUUAUUGCAAAUACCAGUUGGUUUAGGUGGCAGUUAAUAAUAAAUUACUCGAUCUGGUGCAAGAUGUAACGUUUCUUUAUGAUCCUAGGAAAGGUUUCACUGUAUCUGUGAUAUUUUAAAAGCAGCGUUUGCAAGUCAUAUGCAGAGUCUGCGGCGCGUGACAUGAAAAGAGGGCUAGUGUUAUCGCAAAUACCAGUUGGUUUAGGUGGCAAUUAAUAAUAAAUUACUCUAUCUGGUGCAAGAUGUGACGUUUCUUUAUGAUCCUAGGAAAGGUUUCACUGUAUCUGUGAUAUUUUAAAAGCUAAAUAGCAUUUAGGAAAGUUAUGAUGGUGCGGUCCAUUCAGACUCCAUUAAAGUAGGGAAGAUCAUCAGUAGUUGCUAUUUAGGAAAGUUAUGAUGGUGCGGUCCAUUCAGACUCCAUUAAAGUAGGGGAAGAUCAUCAGUGGUUGAGCAUGUAUCAAUUGUUGUGAGGGUUGUUGAUACCUUUUGUUUUAAAAAUUGAACAAAUAAAACAUAUUGUUUGAAACAAAAAAUAUCAAUUUUUGUUAGGAAAUGUAUCAAUAGUUGUUAAGAAAUGUACUAAUAUUGUAAAAAGUAACCAAUCAGGUGAUGCCAUAUAAAUUGCACAACUAUUGGGGUCUC